AUGGCCGCUGCUAUAUCUCCAAAGCCAGAGUGUCCUCCUCUCGAUGGUUCACUCCUUUUCCCAGAUAUCAUUGACUUUCACAUGCAGAGGAAUGCCUCUCUGCCAAUGUACAUAUUUCCAGACCCACAAACCGGCGCUUUGACUUCCAUUUCCUACCGCGAGUUUGGCAGAGCUACUCAUCGAAUAGCUCAUGCACUACGUCCCAGGCGUGCUGGAGCUGAAGGCGAGGUUACCGCAAUAGUUGUUCACACAGACACCCUCCUGUAUACAACCUUAAUAGCGGGUUUGAUGAUUGCAGGGAUCGUGCCGUUUCCUAUGUCUCCUCGCAAUCCACCACAGGCCAUAGUGGAUUUACUUCUCCGGACCAGUUGUCGUCGUAUAGCAUCCAUCAGCCCAAAUCACGCCGCUCUCCUUGAUGAUGUCCGGCGCCUUAUGGGGAAUAGUGGCUCCGCUCUGACAAUAUUCGAGAUACCACCCAUAUCAGAAAUUUACCCUCAUUUGGGCAACGAAUCACUUGCCCACCCAUUUGUGCCAUACCCCAAACGCUCUACUAUCACGCGGAUAACCGAGACUGUUUUAUACAUGCACUCUUCUGGGAGCACCGGCUUCCCAAAACCCAUCGCUCAAAACCACAGAGGUCAACUCAGCUGGUUGAAUGCCCCCUUGUUAUGGCAAUACCGGAACUACCCAUCGGUCCGUCUCGGCGUGAUGGCUCUUCCUCCGUUCCAUAUCUUUGGUGUGGCAGCGCAGCUGUAUGCAAUGCUCAUCGGAGUUACAGCAACAUUAUACGCGCCUACGUCUGUACGAGAUCGGCGGACUCUCCCUACUAUUCCGACAUCGGACAAUAUGAUUGAAUGCAUCCGCCAGACCGGGACCAAUAUCGUCCUUUGUGUGCCCUAUCACCUGGAACAAUGGGCCGAUUCGGCAGAAGCACUAAGGGUACUACGAAAGAUCGGAUACGUUGUGUAUGGAGGCGGUCCCCUUUCAGAAAAGAAGGGAGAUUUCCUUACUGCCGCUGGAAUACCACUUGCACAGCUGUACGGUGCGACAGAGUGCGGUCCGGUCUCCAUCCUUCCUCCUCGAGACUCAGUUGUCAAUGGCAAUCCAUACUGGCAGUGGGUCGAGUUCUCCGAUACGGUCAAUAUUCGAUGGGCUCCUCAUGAUCUUGAUCUAUACGAGUGUCAAGUUCUGGUACGUGUCAAGACGCAAUCAAAACCAUGUGCUGGAUCUCCAUCUUCACAGCGAUCAGACAAACUCCAACCGAGCAUCGAAAACCUUCCUGAUGUGCAGGGCUAUGCGACCAAUGACCUUUUCGUCAGGCAUCCAACCGAAAAGCAGUUGUGGAAAAUUGUCAGUCGAGCGGAUGAUGUCAUCGUCCUAUCCUCUGGUGAGAAGACUGUCCCUUCGCAGAUGGAGACGAUCAUCGGCUGUUGCCCGUAUGUCAAUGGCGCCGUCAUGUUCGGGCGUGAGCGAAAUCAAGUCGGACUUUUGAUCGAACCCACCGAGGAUCAUUUCAUUGAUGUGGACAAUGAGGAACAGGUUGCCCAGUUUCGAAACCGAAUAUGGUCAUAUGUAGAAGACGCUAAUGACUCUGUGCCGACUUACAGUCGUAUUUUCAAGGAGAUGAUUCUAGUCGCUCGUCGCGACAAGCCUGUGUCUCGGACUAUGAAAGGCACCAUCCAAAGAAAGGCGGCGCUCCAAGCAUAUGAGCAAGAAAUCAAUGCACUAUAUGACGUCGUUGGACUCAGCCACGAAGUUGGUGAUAACACUUUACCAUCCCAAUGGACGCAGAUCGAGUUAGAGUCUUGGUUGCUAUCACAGGCCGUGAAUGUCAGGACGGAUCUAAACCCAAUUGUGGAUCUGUUCGCACAGGGCUUUGACAGCUUGAGCGCAACGUACCUUAGGAAUCGACUCAUCAGCGCCCUACGGAGGUCCUCAGAACCAGGGAUGCAGAAAAUUUCCUCCCUCAUUACACAAAACAUUAUCUUCGAGAACCCAACUAUCCAGUCACUGGCAAGGAAAGUCGCCGCCCUGAUUAAAUGCUCUAAUGGGACUCCUGUCGAUUCCGUGCGGGACGCACAUAUCAAGGGGAUUGGUGCCAUGAUCGAAAAAUACUCCGCCGAGUUUCUGAAGCUUGAUUCUGGUUCAAUGGAGAGACCUACGAAGCGAGCCAGACUUGAUGGUGGCCGUGUUGUGCUCCUUACUGGAUCCACCGGGACACUGGGAUCUUAUAUGCUCGCUGAUCUUCUUGGACGGCCAGAGGUUUCGACAGUCUAUCUUCUCAAUCGAUUUUCGGCGGCUUCGGGAACAUACAGUAGUUUGCGUCAACUGAAAGCAUUCGAGGAGAGAGGGCUGAAUACGCGACUCCUAACCGCGUCGAGGAAGAUUUUUUACCUUGAGGGAGACAUCUCUCAGGAUAGUUUAGGUUUGGCGGCUCCCACUUACGAACGGCUCAAAUGUUCUGUGACCAUGAUCAUUCACAAUGCAUGGCGCCUUGACUUCAAUUUGGCCCUUUCUUCUUUUGAACCUAAUAUUCGGGGCACACGGAUGCUUUUGGAUCUAGCGCUUGCUUCUACACAUGCUGCUUCCUUGCGGUUCGUAUUCGUCUCGUCCAUCGGUUCCGUUUUGGGUCGAGAUCCAAGUCAGGGUCCGGUUCCAGAGGACCUUCUAUGUGAUCCUGUUAUGGCAAUAGGUUCUGGCUAUGGAGAAUCGAAGCAUGUCGCCGAACAGAUCAUCACUCGAUCUGGUCUGCAAGCUACCUCUCUUCGAGUUGGGCAGAUUGCCGGUGGGCCUACUGGGGCUUGGGCGACGACAGAUUGGGUUCCCAUCCUUGUCAAAUCAAGCUUGGCGCUCGGUUCGCUUCCUAACCUUCCAGGGGUCGUGUCGUGGACGCCCGCGGACCGCGUUGCUGCUGCUGCUCUUGACGUCGCUUUGUCCGAGACGUAUGUUCCGCUUGUCAACAUGACCCACCCACGGCCUGUUCAAUGGCAGACCAUCUUUGAGGGUGUGAGAGAUGCGCUUGCAGCUUCCGGGAAGACAAGCCAUUCGCUACCGCUAGAACCCUAUUCAGAUUGGAUGCAAAAAUUGGAACAACGCGCCCAUGGAGCGAAGGAACGUGAUUUCAAUGAACUCCCGGCGCUAAAAAUCCUACCUUUUUUUCGCGGUUUUUUGCAACCGGAUGCUGAGACUAAUUCUAGUGAUGCGGAGGCAGGUAAUGGCCUGCGGUUUGCGACAGACAAGGCGUGCUCGCUGAGCAAUACGAUGCGUCUUCUUGCCACGCGGGAGUCCGAAUGGGUUGGACCGAGCCAUGCGCAGGCGUGGGUGGAGUACUGGAAAAGCAAAGGAUUCCUUCAAUAA